AUUACCUGGAAUAUAGAUAGCUACAGCUCUUGAAAGAAUCAAGUAUAGGGUUUGUAAUGGAUCCAAAUGCAGCUCCCUCAAAACCAUAUUUCCACAUUGCCAGUGAGCACCAGCUCCCUCUAAAAGCAGAGUGCUUGAUCUUUUUCCAGUUGCCAAGCAGCUUGCUACAGAGCUUUUAUAUUUUGACAGAGACCACCGUCUGUGUAUGACAUGUAAAAUAUGAGCACCAGAGAUGUGAAUUGUUGGAAAUGCUGACUCCAUUUUUAUUAUGUCAUUAUCAAUUCUUCGUCAUGUUAUCCACUAUGCAUAUAGUUUUCAAUGACUUGUAAAUCUUUGCCAUUCUUCUGAAGGCCACCAGUUCAAGCUUCCAGUAGUGCUUGGACUCAUAAGCAUCUGUGAUCACUGAGUUGCCAUUUUCUGUUCCUGGUUAUUAUGAUCUUAAGCACCACCACCACUACCCCAAUCAAAAGCAGCACUGUAUCUUUUUUAAACUUUGGUGCACUGCCAAAGAAAGUUCUGAAAAACAGGAAAUGACAACAGAGAAUAGAGGGAGACAUCCUCCAAAGUCAACUGCUGGACUCUAAAGCUGAAGAACAUGAACAAGGAGUCAGAUGGAGCCAGGUAGUGGGCACAGCCAUUUGUUCCUACUGUACUUACCAAGGAUGUGAAUUAAGAGUUCAGGUAGGAAAAAGAGUUGUUACUGGUACCCUUUUACCGAAUUAUUAAGUGUUCACAGUAUGGUAAGUGUGGGUUUCAAUAGAGAAAAAGGAAAGUAUAGUAUGACAAAGAUUGACAAUGUCACGAUGAGGCAGCUGGAGAUUCUGGGGUGGUCGCGGGUGUCAAACUUGCGUUCCAACCAUAGUUAGCAGUGUUCAAAUGCCUGUUGAGAUAUAGAACACCAACCUGGUUAAUACCCAGCUUAUCAAAUCCACAGCCUGUUGGUACAAUUAGGACUAUAAAACUGAAACUUGUUAAAGGCAGCCAUGCCUUUCAUUAGCUUUAUGAUAAGAAGGUGCACAGAAGUCAAAUAAUGCCUCUCUUAUCUCACUUCACUUUGCAGACUUCACAGGGUCAACUUAGGAGCAUAUCAUGCAGAACGUGCUGGCACUGUUUCCCAAGUGUUCACUGAGCCAAGAGCAGGUACAUAGUCAUGGGGCAGAUACAGUACGUUGCCUGUGUGCAGAAAUAGGAGCCUCUAGUUUUACACACCGCCACCAGAGCUCAGGGACGGGGCUGGGCUAGAGAAGAGGCCAAUCUCCAGAGAGGAAGUGUUGUGUUACCGGGGAAGUACACAAACCCAAAUCCCAGUCUUGGCUUCUUGGAAGCAGCAUAUUGCCAGCUGAGGUGGGUCUGCAGGGAGGACGGCAGAAAUGUUCUGCACACGGAAAGACACUGGCCAAAAGAAGACCCUAGACAAGAAAGAUGGGCGAAGGAUGUCUUUUCAGAAGCCUAAAGGAACUAUUGAGUAUACUGUUGAAUCAAGAGAUUCUUUGAAUAGCAUAGCCCUGAAAUUUGACACCACACCCAACGAGCUUGUUCAGUUAAAUAAGUUAUUCUCCAGAGCAGUCGUGACUGGGCAGGUUUUAUACGUUCCUGAUCCCGAGUGCGUCUCCAGUGUUGAGAGCUCUCCAUCUCUAAGCCCAGUAAGUCCUCUGUCGCCAACAUCGUCCGAGGCUGAAUUUGAUAAAGUCACUACUCCUGAUGUCCAUCCAAAAGAAGUACAUCCCUUAUCCUCUGUUAGCAGUAUUCGGCCUUCAAGAGUUGUGUCUUCAACUUCUGAGGAAGAGGAGGCAUUUACUGAGAAAUUUCUCAAAAUCAAUUGCAAAUAUAUCACCAAUGGCAAGGGCACUGUCAGUGGUGUGCUGUUAGUCACACCAAACAAUAUAAUGUUCGAUCCACAUAAAACAGACCCCUUGGUUCAAGAGAAUGGCUGUGAGGAGUACGGCAUCAUGUGUCCGAUGGAAGAGGUGAUGUCCGCUGCCAUGUACAAAGAAAUUUUGGAUAGCAAAAUAAAGGAAUCCUUGCCCACAGAAAUAGAGGAAUUGUCAGGAAGGGACUUCUGCCGUGCCAAGAAAAUGACAGGCCUCAGUGCUGAGGACACGGACUCGAGAGCCCGCGAUCCAGGUAACGGCAGUGGCAGCACUGCCCCCAGGAGCACCGAGGAGUCUUUCUCUGAGGAUGUCUUCACCGAGUCCGAGCUCUCUCCUGUCCGGGAGGAACUCCUCUCCUCAGAGCUGCGACAAGAUCAGUCAUCUGGCGCUUCGUCAGAAUCUGUGCAAACUGUCAGUCAGAUGGAAGUAGAGUCUUUGGCAGCCAAGUCGGAGCCUACUAAUAUUCCUGACCACAUUAACACACAUACUGGACGUUCUUCACAUGAAGGGCCUUUAUCUCAUGAAACUGGUUUAAGUAGUCUUGAAAUGGCUGCUAAAGAAGGAGAUAAGGCUACAGAAAAACUUGAAGAAGUCUCAGGCCCUAAAGAACAAAGCACAGAUGUGAGAGGUCAGGAUGAGCAGGAUUCUGCCCAUCCUGAAAGCUCACUACAGCAACAGGAAGGUGAAGGAAAGGUCCCUUCUGGAGAAACUGUGGAACUUAAAGAAAAGCCAGCUGCUCCGAAGGAAAAACCAGGGAAAGAGCAAAAACGGGAGUCAGAGACUGAAGUGGAGGAGCUACGCAAACUCUGGAAAACGCACUCGAUGCAGCAAGCUAAGCAGCAGAGAGACACGAUUCAGCAGGUGUCACAGAAAGAAAGUAAACAUAAAAGUGCCUCUGCGGAUGGACAUGCGGACGGCGCUUCACUUUUAAAGGAUAAGAGAAGGCAUCGAUUACAUAAAUUCUUAUGUCUCCGAGUUGGAAAACCGAUGAGAAAAACAUUUGUAUCUCAAGCCAGUGCUACAAUGCAACAGUAUGCACAAAGAGAUAAGAAACAUGAAUAUUGGUUUGCAGUGCCACAAGAAAGGACAGAGCAUUUGUAUGCCUUCUUCGUUCAGUGGAGUCCAGAAAUAUAUGCAGAAGAUACUGGUGAAUAUACCAGAGAGCCUGGAUUCAUAGUAGUCAAAAAGAUUGAAGAGUCUGAAACAGGUGAAGAUGCUACUGGUGAAGCCGCAGCCAGGGAGUGGGAGGUAGUGUCAGUGGCUGAGUAUCACCGCAGGAUCGAUGCUCUAAAUACAGAAGAACUGCGCACACUCUGCAGACGUCUCCAGAUUACUACAAGGGAAGACAUCAACUCAAAGCAGGCUGCUCCAGCAAAAGCAGACCUGGAGUCUGAAUCUUUCCGACCAAACCUAAGUGACCCCAGUGACCUCUUACAGCCUGAUCAGAUUGAAAAGCUUACUAAGCAUCUCCCACCAAGAACCAUUGGCUAUCCAUGGACACUUGUGUAUGGCACUGGGAAGCAUGGCACAAGUUUGAAGACCCUUUAUAGAACAAUGACAGGUUUAGACACUCCAGUGCUGAUGGUGAUUAAAGACAGUGAUGGACAGGUCUUUGGUGCACUAGCAUCUGAGCCAUUUAAAGUAAGUGAUGGCUUCUAUGGUACUGGAGAAACCUUUGUUUUUACCUUCUGUCCAGAAUUUGAGGUCUUUAAGUGGACAGGAGAUAAUAUGUUUUUUAUCAAAGGAGACAUGGAUUCAUUAGCAUUUGGUGGUGGAGGAGGAGAAUUUGCCCUUUGGCUUGAUGGAGAUCUCUACCAUGGGAGAAGCCAUUCCUGUAAAACCUUUGGAAAUCAUACGCUUUCUAAGAAGGAAGAUUUCUUUAUCCAAGACAUUGAAAUCUGGGCUUUUGAAUAAACUCAGUGCUCUCAGUCUUAGCAGGACAUCGGCCCAAACCUGAAAGGACAAAGCAUUGUUUGGAAUGUUCAAGAAGCAAUACAAUUCACAUGUCACUCGUGCUCUCAAGUCAGUCCUUUGCCAUUUACUGCAGCUAUAAUUUUGGAGUUUAUUUUUCAAAUCAUGUUUCUGUCCCAGAGUUCUUUUGUUUACACCAUGGCCUGGGUUCCUGUAGUAUAACAGCUGGGUGGGGUUUAUCAGCAUAUUGCAGCAUUUUGAUCAGAGAGGCCACCACAUUUUCAGUUCCUGUUAUCUCAGUCUCCCAAUUGGAUGGUGCUCUGUUGUUCAACUUCUUUUUUAAUCUAUAUUGUUUCUUUUUAUAGAGCAGUGUACUUGGGACAUUGAGGAAAUGGGGUCAAGAUACUUUUGUAUCUGGUGGAGUUGACACCAAUGACAUUUGGACCUGCUUAUCAUUUUCUUCUGAGUGAGAUACCACAUGCCAAAAUAAUAUAUACUUCAUAGACCUCUUCUAGUUCUAAUUCACUAUAGCAUUCUCUUUAUUCAUUUGUAAACAUUCUCAAUUUCAUUUUAAGACAAUGAACUUGGAAGAGAAGUCUGAUUGGCAUAGACUGCAGCACACAUGAUAUGCAGGUUUGGGCGCAUGUUUCAUCACUGAACUAUCAGACAGUUACAAAUUGACAGAGGAGAAUGGGAAUUCGAUGAUUCUAUUGGAUUUAAUAUAUUAAGCAAGUAAUACUACUUACAUAUUUGUAGCUUAAUAGGGCAUUAUCAUAAGUACAGAAACUAAAACUUGCAUAUUUCUUCAACAUUGUGUCAGAUAAACUGUUUUACAGUUCUGUUGUUUUAGCCUUGUUGCAUACCAACUCCCAAAAUACAUUUUUUUUGUUUUUUUGAUCAAAAGGAAAAAAAUUGUUUUGAAAUAAAAACUUGUUUGUUUUUUUUUUAAAGUGGUAUAUGUUAUUAGUUACCAUUAGCAUCUGCUCUUAUAAAAGGGCAGUGACUGUAAUAGAUAAUACUGUAACUCAGUAGACUUGGUGAAUGUCUUGCAAGCUUAUGUCAAGUGGCCUCAAAAAAUGAAAAGAUAGAAUAAACUAGCAGCUGUAUCCUCUCUUGUAGGAAACCAACAAUAAACCAUUGUGGCAACAUUCAUCAGUUAAAUUUCCGAGCUUCAUGUUAUGCAAAGAAUAAAUCCUGCUGUUAUACAUGUGACAGUGACUGUGCUGAAAAUUCAGCUGUUCCACACAACCGUUGUAUAUCUUGUAAAUUGAUGUUUAAAGAUAGUUUUGUUCUUAUAGAAAGUGUUGACUGCCAGGUUGCUUAUAGCACUUUAAAUUAUUCUGAAAAUGAAAUUACCAGCCAAGUAUGUUGGCUUAAAUAGUUUUAGUUAUAUAACUUAAAAAUACCUAGUUCUUUUGGGAGAAGUCUAGAUAAUUAUCUAAAGAAAGCAUAAUGAAUGCUAAUCAAAAUCUAUGGUGUUCUAUGACAUGUUGUUUCUGAAGAUGGAUAGAAACACAGGGCAUCAUUUCCUCGUCUGUGUAUAGCUCUCAUUACAAGUUAGGUAAUAGUGUCUAGGUUAAAUGUUUAUAAUAUAGGGAAUUGUAAAUAAAUGUAUCUGUUCCCCUUUGGUCUUCCACAGCAGUAUUAUUGUCUUUGUGGAGGUGACUAAUCAUAAAUCUUUAAAACAUCCUGUAAUCGAUUUCAACUACAACAUAGUCAUAGAGAUGUAUACCAAAUAAAAUUAAAUGCAUAAAUGCAAA